UAUUCACCACAAUAAUUUCAACUGCAAAUAUGAUUAAUAGCUGACCCAUUUUCUCUGUUUUUAUAUAUAGUCUGCGUUUUCUUCCGGUUCCCUCUCAUCCCUCUCUCUCUCUCUUCCAUUUUCUCUCUCUAGAUAGGUAAAAAUGGCUACUCCGCCGGUGGUAAGGUUUCCGAUCUUCACGGCGGUGAGGGCGGUCGGCGUUGCCGUUACUGUUCUUCUGCUGACGUGGGCCGUCCAUUUCAGAGGAGGCCUCGCUCUCGUCUCUGAUAACAAAGAUCUCAUCUUUAAUGUCCAUCCAGUGUUGAUGGUGAUUGGGCUUGUUCUAAUCAAUGGUGAAGGGAUGCUUGCAUACAAGACUCUAUCUGGAACUAAAAACUUCAAAAAAUCAGUUCAUCUUGCGUUACAGUUUGCCGCUCUCAUUUUGAGCUUGAUUGGUGUCUGGGCUGCUUGGAAGUUUCACAUUGACAAGGGCAUUGACAAUUUCUACAGCCUGCAUUCAUGGCUAGGCCUUGCAUGCCUUUUCCUAUUCACCAUCCAGUGGGGUGCUGGCUUUGCAACAUUUUGGUACCCAGGAGGGUCAAGAAAUAGUAGAGCUGCCUUAUUGCCAUGGCAUGUGUUCUUUGGUAUCUAUAUCUAUUGCUUGGCUAUAGCCACAACUGCUACUGGUAUUCUAGAAAAAGCUACAUUCCUUCAGGUCAACAACAUCAUAUCACGCUAUUCCAAUGAGGCACUUCUGGUCAAUUCCUUAGGCAUUCUGAUAGUCAUUUUAGGUGGCUUUGUGAUUCUUGGAAUUGUUACUCCAGUUUAUGGUAAAGCUGAUGUCAUAAGGGGAAACGAGUGACCAUCAUCUAUAUGAUUCAAAAUUGAGGAACAUUAACAUUUGUAUCAUCUUUAAUACAAGGUUACAUGGAUGUAUGAAAACAAAUUCAUUAAACGUGUAUCCAGGUUUAAUUUUAUGUUCUAUUUUAUUUACUAUGUGUAUUUUCCUUCUAUUAGUGAAUAUUCGUGUUUUGUGCA